UCUGCUCUCUCUCUCUCUCACUCUCUGUUUCUCUGUCCUUUGCUUCUGCUGUCACUCUCUCCCUCUCUCUCUCUCUCUCACUCACUGAUCUUUUGCUUCGCUUAGAUCUGAAACCGAGAGGCCACCGCAUUCAUCAGCUCCGAGAUCGAUCCCGCAGAUUAUAUGUUGGUUCUCCAGUGAGUGGCUGUACCUUGUGAGUGAGUUAGGAAGAAUUAGAUGGCGGCCUCAAGUGUUCAAGACCCACUACUGGGAGAAAUUACUUGCGGGUCUUUAUUGAAGAAACUGCAGGAAAUCUGGGAUGAGGUUGGGGAAUCGGAUGAGGAGCGGGAUAAGAUGCUUCUUCAAAUAGAACAGGAAUGCCUGGAUGUGUACAAGAGGAAAGUUGAGCUGGCUGUGAAAUCGAGAGCACAGCUUCUUCAGACUCUGUCAGAUGCCAAAAUUGAACUUGCUAAUCUCAUGUCGGCUUUGGGAGAAAAGAGCUUCAUUGGCAUGCCUGAUACGACUUCUGGAACAAUCAAAGAACAGCUAGAGUCAAUUGCGCCGGCCCUCGAACAGCUCUGGAAACAGAAAGAAGAAAGAGUUAAGCAAUUUUCUGACGUGCAGUCACAGAUUCAGAAGAUAUGUGGAGAAAUUGCUGGGAACUUGAGCAUGGGUGAGCAAGCUCCUGCAGUUGAUGAGUCGGAUCUGUCCCUGAAGAAGUUGGAUGAAUAUCAAGCCCAGCUACAAGAACUUCAAAAAGAGAAGAGCGAGAGGUUGCACAAGGUACUUGAAUUUGUGAGCUCUGUGCAUGACCUGUGUGCUGUCCUUGGGAUGGAUUUCUUCAGCACGGUGACUGAAGUCCACCCAAGCUUAAAUGACUCAACCAGUGUCCAGUCCAAAAGCAUUAGCAAUGACACUUUAUCUAGGCUGGCUAAGACAGUUUUAGCACUGAAGGAAGAUAAGAAACAGAGGCUGCAGAAGCUUCAAGAGUUAGCUACUCAAUUGGUCGACCUCUGGAAUCUGAUGGAUACAUCCGAAGAAGAGCGACAGUUAUUUGGCCAUGUCACCGGUAACAUGUCAGCUUCUGUUGAGGAAGUAACUGUCCCCGGUGCUCUCGCUAUGGAUUUAAUUGAGCAGGCUGAGGUGGAGGUUGAGAGGCUUGAUCAGCUUAAAGCGAGCAGGAUGAAGGAAAUCGCUUUCAAGAAACAAGCUGAACUUGAAGAAAUCUUUGCUCAUGCCCAUAUAGAAAUAGAUCCAGAAGCUGCCAGAGGAAAGAUUCUGGAACUUAUUGAGUUUGGGAACGUUGAACCAGCUGAAUUACUUGCUGACAUGGAUAAUCAAAUAGCAAAGGCCAAGGAAGAAGCUCUAAGCCGGAAAGAAAUACUAGACAAGGUUGAGAAAUGGAUGUCUGCCUGUGAAGAAGAGAGCUGGCUUGAAGAUUAUAAUCGGGAUGACAACAGGUACAAUGCUAGCAGAGGUGCACACUUAAAUCUCAAACGUGCAGAAAAAGCUCGGAUUCUUGUCAAUAAAAUUCCUGCCCUUGUUGAUACGCUGGUGGCAAAAACACGAGCAUGGGAAGAAGAACGUGGCAUCUCCUUCACAUAUGAUGGUGUUCCCCUUCUUGCUAUGCUCGACGAAUAUGCCAUGCUAAGGCAAGAACGAGAAGAAGAGAAGCGACGCAUGAGAGAUCAAAAGAAGUUCCAUGAGCAGCAAAACUCGGAACAAGAGGCCAUCUUUGGUUCGAGGCCCAGCCCCGCAAGACCAGCCAGCACAAAGAAGGUGGUGGGUCCACGUGCUAAUGGAGGCACAAAUGGAACUCCGAGCAGGCGUCUUUCUAUGAACUCACACCAAAAUGGGAGCAGGUCCAUCAACAAAGACAGAAGAGAUUCUAGGUUAUCUGCUCCUGCAAACUAUGUUGCCGUGUCCAAAGAUGAUGCAGUGUCCCAUGGUUCCGGAGCUGAACCAGUCCCAUCAUCACCUUGAAUGAAAGAUGUAAGUUUGUAGUUUCUUUUAAUCCUUUGUACCUGAUGUUAUAUUGAUAUCACUGUGACUAGGUAUUGCCAGUAGUAGGAUAAAAAUCGUCGAGACAGUGAUUAGCCACUUGAAGAGAGGACUUCAUAUACUUCUAAAGCUGUGUAUCCUAUGGUGCCAUUUGAAGGUUUUCCUUGCGAUCCAUGCUUUCCAUCAUUCAGUUUUUGGUUUGAAUAACAUAUCGUGCAUGAAGAUUUAAGUGGAAA